AACACCAGAGCUCAGGGAGUAAGGAUGCCUGCUUCAUCAACGGGGUUUGCAAACUUCUUCAUGGACAGAAACAUCAACAUGCCUGCUGGAUAUCAAUUAUUAGGCUGCCCACCUGGAAUGCAACAGCCACCGCCACAUCUUGUGGGAAUGGCCGGGAUGCCCUUACCUUUCUCAGGAAUACCGGGCUACAGUUUCAUCCCUUAUCCUCAUCCGGGACACAUGGCACACAUUAGCAAUUCCUAUGACCUCAAGGCUGCAUCGCCGUAUCACCAAGCUCUCCUCGGACGGGGAGGACCAUACUACACCCCGUAUCGUCCCAUCCCAGCUGACGACCCCAGUCGGGUCACUAAAGUUGCCACCCGGGAAAGCACCAGCGCUUUGAAGGCCUGGCUCAGCGAGCACCUGAAAAACCCAUAUCCCACCAAAGGCGAGAAGAUCAUGCUUGCCAUCGUCACCAAAAUGAGCCUGACGCAGGUGUCGACGUGGUUCGCCAAUGCGCGCCGCCGGUUAAAAAAAGAGAACCGGGUCAGCUGGGCGUCCAAAGGAAAAUCUGACGAGGAGGAUGAGGAAGAAGAGGGUGAGAGCGAAGAGGAAGGGUCUUUGAGGAAAGGCACUGAGGAUGAAGAUGAGAUCGAUCCUCAAACUGUUGACGAUGAGGAUGAAGAGGAUGUCGUGGUGUCAAAGUCGGUGGAGCACCGUUUAGCGGGGGGACUCGAGCAGCAAAAGGAAAGUGACAAGUCUGACACUUUGACCAAAAGAGAGUCGUAUAAACAAAUCGCUGAUGUCCAGAAACCUAAGAUCUGGUCUCUGGCGGAAACGGCGACCUCAGAUAUCGUCAAGAAACCCAGCGAUUUGAAACAUCUCCAGACAAGUCCAGAUUUCGGACAGUGGUGGGCUGGAUGGCCUUCAAGGGACUCGUACUCUCCUGUAAACCUCUCCACACACGACCUUCUCAAACAAAGUCAAUGAAACCAAGACACUACAGACUGAAUAUUUCUUGCACUUUGAGUCCGUCAGGAACGUUUUGUUGUUGGAUGUUUGCAUAACAGAUUUUGAAUCCAAUCUCCUGGUUUAAAAACCAAAGGAUGUUGUGUAAAUAUUGUACAGCUAUUUUGUUUAAAUUAUAAAUGCAUUUACCAGCUGACUUAUUUUUGCUAAAAUAAAAAUGUGGAAAAAUUGAAA